AUGGCGAGGGAACCAUUUGCUGGUAUGAGGGCGGAUGCCUUGAAGUGGUUUUCGGGUAAUGGACUCUCUGUCAAUAAAGAGAAAACUGAAGAGUUUGUUUUCUCCUUGAAGAGGACCGAGAUAUCUUCGAACCAAGAUAGAACAUACGAAGUUCGUGAGCCGGCAAAUAAAGCAUGUAGAGUGGCAAGUGCACUUCGCGACGUCAUAUUCAACAACAAAUAUAUGAGUAAACAUUCAAAAACCAGGAUCUACAAAACUUGUGUCCGGCCUAUCAUGACAUACGCCAUAGAAACCAGAGCGGACAACAAAAGGACUAAGUCCAUCCUCAGAACAACUGAAAUGAAGAUACUAAUAACCAUAUCUGGAUAUACGCUGAGGGACAGGAAGAGGAACACAGCCAUUUUAGAAGAAUGCCAAAUCCAGGACAUUGUCAAAUGGGGAAAAGCGCGACGACGAUACUGGAACAACCACGUCAGCAGAAUGAACACGGGAAGAAUAGCUAAGAUCGCUCGAGACGGAAUCCCAAAUACCAGAAGACCCAUCGGCAGACCUCCCAAACGCUGA